CUCGCUCAUUCACUCACUCGCACACUAACGAGGGAGCACACACACUCACUCACUCUCACAGCUCCUGCGCAGCACUGACAUCUCCGCUUACUGUCAAUCUGUGUCUGCUUCACAGGGGAUUCCCUAUCAGAGAGAAGGACGCUGGAAAAACUUUAUUUUUUAAGAAGACACCGUUGGACAUCCAUUGUUUAUCAUUCAGUUUUACUAUUUAGCCUGGAAGGGCUCAGGCGGUGGAGCAAUGCCUCAAAAAGGAGCGAUCUAAAUAGUCGAAAAAUGUUUUAAGCGGACAGUCAACUCUGUUACCAGAAUAUCAUAACCAACCCACGUGGGAAUCUGGAGUGGCCUCCAUGAUGCAAAACAGUCACAGUGGCGUCAACCAGCUCGGCGGGGUCUUUGUGAACGGCAGACCCUUACCAGACACCACCAGACAGAAGAUUGUUGAACUCGCUCACAGUGGAGCGCGACCCUGCGACAUCUCCAGGAUUUUACAGACCCAUGAUGAUGCAAAAGUCCAACUGGACGAUAACAACGUGUCGAACGGAUGUGUGAGUAAGAUUCUGGGAAGAUAUUAUGAGACCGGCUCCAUCCGGCCGCGAGCUAUUGGAGGCAGCAAGCCGAGGGUAGCGACGCCCGAAGUGGUCAACAAAAUAGCACAGUACAAGAGGGAGUGUCCAUCCAUAUUUGCCUGGGAAAUACGGGACAGACUACUAUCCGAAGGGGUGUGCACCAACGAUAACAUACCCAGCGUGUCGUCGAUAAACCGAGUCCUGCGCAACCUGGCUAGCGAAAAGCAACAGAUGGGGGCAGAUGGCAUGUACGACAAGCUGAGGAUGCUCAACGGGCAAACCGGCACGUGGGGGACACGACCGGGAUGGUACCCGGGUACCUCUGUGCCCGGGCAACCCAAUCAAGAUAGCUGCCAGCAACAGGACAACGGUGGCGAGAACACAAACUCUAUCAGCUCAAACGGAGAAGAUUCGGACGAGACUCAAAUGCGUCUGCAAUUGAAAAGAAAACUGCAAAGGAACCGAACGUCAUUCACUCAGGAGCAAAUCGAAGCACUAGAAAAAGAGUUUGAAAGAACCCACUAUCCCGAUGUUUUUGCAAGAGAAAGACUUGCAGCCAAAAUUGAUCUUCCAGAAGCCAGAAUACAGGUUUGGUUCUCAAACAGAAGAGCCAAAUGGAGAAGAGAAGAGAAACUGAGGAACCAGAGAAGACAAGCCAGCAACUCUUCCGGUCACAUUCCCAUCAGCAGCAGCUUCAAUACCAGCGUCUAUCAGGCCAUACCACAACCCACCACACCUGUGUCCUUUACAGCAGGAUCAAUGUUGGGCAGAUCAGACACGGCCCUGACUAACACAUACACCGGUCUGCCUCCAAUGCCGAGCUUCACCAUGGCCAACAACCUGCCUAUGCAACCAAGCCAGACCUCUUCCUAUUCCUGCAUGCUGCCCACCAGUCCGUCAGUGAAUGGGCGGAGCUACGACACAUACACACCCCCUCACAUGCAGGCACAUAUGAACAGCCAAUCAAUGGCAACUUCUGGUACCGCCUCAACAGGACUCAUCUCUCCCGGAGUCUCUGUCCCUGUUCAAGUACCCGGAACUGAACCUGACAUGUCUCAAUACUGGUCAAGAUUACAGUAAAGAAAAGAGUUACUUUACCCUGUGACUUCCACACUGAGACACUAAUGGACGUCUACAGCAGUAUUCACGAAAAACACAUGCAGAUAUAAGACCAAGUUCAGUCUUCUAAUACUCAAAAUUGACGCUUGGACGCUUUAAAGUGACACAACAACGGCUUAAAGAAACUUUAAAUGGAACAAAACAACGAACCUCUGCUACAUUACCAUCUUGCAAUUUUCUUUUUUUUUGUAUUUGUACAUUCGCAUUUAUAUAUAAAGACAUUGAGAGAAAUCAAACAGCCAAAAAAUAUGUUGACCUUUCAUCUACUCAAAACGGAAAACCACAAGUCAAUAUAUUGAGACUGUUUAAAUCAGGAUACGUGUCAAGACUUCAUGCAGUCCCUGUCACACCUGUCAAUCAGAAAUAUGCCACCAAGAAGAAAAUGCAUAUUUGUUUGCCCACUUUUGGAGAGAAAACCGCUAUAAGGACGAAAUCAACUUACACACAAUGGAUUUAAUGACUGUGAUCAACAUGCAUGAUAUUGUAUAAAGGAACAACAGCCAUGAAAUACAUUUGCAGUUUGUUUGUAAGGGUUUGGAGCAAAAUCUUUGCUGGUUUAACUGAUGAAGAGGCUGUUUUAUGUUCGAUAAUUUAUAAUUGUAAAGAAAAACAAGAAAUUUGCAGAUAAAGCACGACAGACUGUACCACAAACAAAUGACAUUUAUACGGUUUGUUACCGUUUUAUUGCGUAAAUUCAGGAUAUUUUCAUUUUUAUCGCCCCUGAAAAAAAUCUAUACGUUUCCACAAAUUUUCAUUCGUCAGUAAAACAUUUAGGUCAGGUACAAGUGGUCUAUUAGUUAUAGUUGUAUUAUAGUGUACUCCUUCGAAUAAUGUUGUGAGACUAGAAAUAUUUAAUUCAAAUAAUUCAUUAAAAAUGCUUGACAGAGUUUAAAUACGUACGUGUUUGACGGUUGUUUACAAGUACAUAUCAGACUUAACCAUUGUUGAUUGUAAAACAGACCAAAGCCUUCAUAUUUCAUCUAUUACACAACGAUUCUGUCUAUUUUAUUGUUAGUAUUGUGUUGCAGCAUUUUGUAAGAGAAAAUAUUUUACAUAGUACACUGGCUUCGAGUAUAUUCGACUGCGGCUUAAUCUCGCAGUCUUUUAUUUAUGAUGGACAACCAUUUGUGUUUUAAAAAACAUCUCUUGAAUUCUGCGUUUUGUUGUGUACCUUAAACAUCAAACACUUGUAAUGGUUUUUGCUCUGGAAACGAAAGGUCUACCCUGUCUUGCAGAUAUUUCAAUUUAACUUUAUUUAAAAGCUUUCUAAAUGUAUUUUGUGAGAACUAUUAAAAACAAUUUUGUACAGUA